AUUUGGGCUUCUUUUGCCCUCGUCAUGGCUAGAUUUUUUAUGAAGUGGAAUAUAAAUAUUAGAGGUCACCGAGCUUUGGGAGAAUUAGCAAAAUACACCGUUAGAUUUCAUAAGAAGCCAUCGGCUCGUGAUUUUCUCAGACUUUUUGUAAAGGACAUUCACAACACACAUCGCAUUUUCUAUUCUGGGAAGUACGAAAUAGAAGAGGUUGAAGAGUAUAUAAAAGAUUCACGCAAAUUUAUUAACUACAUGAAGGCAAUCAACGAAAAUGCUCUUUUUGCUGAUUUUAAAUAUUAUUUUCCAUCAGGGGAUGAAUUGUACAGAGAGUUUGCUCAAAAAGUUUAUAUAAAUGUUAUUAAUGAAGAUAUUUGUGUUUUUGGUGAUGGUCCAUAUCGUUUCUAUUACCAAGCUGCUGAUACUCCACAGAUUGUUAAAACUCAAGAGACUGUUACUCCAAAGAACAAUUCUUUUCUACAUGGGGAAGCAACAAAAAUCAAGAAUAAUGAAGAAAAAAUUAAUUUCAAAAAUAAAAAGAGGAAAAUUAGAAGAGCAAUGGACUUGAAAACGUUGGAAAAUAAAUCGAAAGAAACGCCAAAAUGUCAAAUAAAAAAUGGAGGGAUUUAUGGAGAGGAAGGAGACGAAAGCAAAAAGGCGAGAAUAAUGAAGAAUAAAAAUGUAUUUUGGACACAGAUUGUGCAUCCACAUUCUCCAAAAGAAAGGGAUUGGGUUAUGAUGACUGGAGUUGAGCAUGUAAUUGAUGGGGUGCUGGUUUGUUCUUUGUCGUAUGGAGGUCGGCUAGUCUCAAUGGGACAUUUUUGGGAUACUCUUGGUCGUCUAAACUAUUAUGCAAUAAUGCACAAAUUUAAUGGUCCUGUAUUUCUGAAGCCUGAACCGAUGACUUAUUCUGAACUAUUAAAAGAAGCACAAGAAAACGAAGAAGUCGAUUUGGCAUUAACUCAACUAUGUGGACAAGACGAUGAUGGGGAUGGAAAAGUAUAUUUCAGUACUUAUUGGGAAAGAUUGCCUGGUGUUACUACGAGGAUUUGGUUUCCCGGUUCGCCUGAAUCUGAUCAACAAAAAUUUAUUUUCGAAAAAGAAGGAUUUAGAUUGAUUAGCCUUUGUGGAUAUAACAUAAAAAAUAGGACAGCUCGUUAUGUGGGUAUAUGGCAAAAAUCAACAGCAAAAAAUGUGUCCUCCUUAAAUCCAUACGAAGCACAUUAUGGCUUGACAUUGAGUGAAUGUUUGGAAAUUAAUGAUAAAUUGAGCAGCAGGCAAUAUGUGGCUGUACAAUUCAGAGUGUUUCGCAGCUUGGAUGAGAUUCUCUGCUGUGCAAUUUGGGAAUAUUUACCAGGCCAUCGUCAUUGGAUAGAAAUUGGUCUAAAUUUAAAACAAAUGCAUCAAAAAUUUUCUCGGAAUAUUUUUAAAAGCAAAAUAGUCAAACGAGAAAAUUCAAAAUUAAUUUCUUCUUCUAUUCUACCUCGUCAAAUAUCUCAUUUUUUUGAUGGGGAUGGUGAAAGUUUGAGGUUUGUUGUGCUAUGGAGUGAUGUUAAUUACUUGAGAUUCUCGAGAGAACCAGAACUUUGGCCGAUGGGAAGGAGAAUCCCCUCUACUUAUCUGAACGGAGUGGAAUCUCAAUUACAACCUGAAAAAUUAAAUUUUGUUGCUAAACGUGUUGAACGGUUUAUGCGUGAACUUGACAUUCCUGGUUUUGGCUAUAGCAAUAUUCGGAGAGGUCAUUUGGUCACUCCAGACAGUCAAUUUAGAAUUGGAUCUGUUUCGAAACCAAUAACUGCUGCUGCCGUUCUUUUGUUAAUUGAUCAAGGCCGAUUAGAAUUGGAUCAACACGUUUUUGGCCCAGGAAAUUCAAUUUUUGGUUAUGAAUUUGCUCGUAAAAAGCCUUAUGAAAAAUGGGUGACAGAAAUUACCGUUCGUCAUUUACUUGAACAUACUGCAGGUGGCUGGAACAAUAUAGAUUCAGACCCAGCAUGGCUUUUACCAACACAAAACACCGCAACUUUAAUAGAAAAAGUUUUGAUUGAACAGCCAUUAAUUGCUCAACCUGGAAAGACUUGGAUAUAUUCGAAUUUUGGGUAUCAAUUGCUUGGAUAUAUUAUUGAAAGAGUUAAUAUUGAUGGAUUUGGAUAUGAACAAUUUGUCAAAAAAUAUUUUUGGGAACAAGUGGGAAUAAAUGAUAUUCAAGUGGCGAGGCCUACACUUUCUGAAAAAUCGAGACGUGAAGUUCUCUACUAUAUGGCUGGUGGUAACAGACUUGGAUUUAACCCUUAUGAUCUUUUGCCUGCUGAGAGGAUUGGCCCGUGGGGUGGUUGGAUUGCUUCACCAAUUGAACUUCUUCGUUUAUUAAUUUUUUUGGAUGGAUUUAAAAGGCAGGAAGACAUUUUAAGUGAUUGGGCAAUAAAAGAAUGGGCUACUCCAACAAUUGCUUCUAAUGAAACUUAUGGCCUCGGCUGGUCUCUAAAUAUUAUGGGUUUUAAUGGUUGGCAACAUGAUGGAAGAAUGCCCGGUUCAGCUUCAAUGCUUGUUCGUUUAGAUAAUGGAAUUUCUAUGGCUGUUGUUGUAAAUAAAGAAUAUAGUGAUAGAGACUUUUUUCAUGAACUUGGGUAUAUACUUCAUCACUUUGGAAAUAAUUGUGAUUGGUGGAAUGGAACAGGUUUUGAUUUAUUUGGAGAAAUGGAAAAUUGA